AUGGUAAACACAUCGCUCAAAAGAAGACGGACCGAGGACCAAUUGCGCGGCAAGGUGCCCAAGAAGGAGAAGAGAAAGGUCAAGAAGCAGAAGCACUACCACAGUUCAAGCGACUCAGAAGAAGGCGCCGCGCGCGAUGCUCCAGCACGUGGGAGCAGUCUGGAGCCAGAAGAGCCAUUUCAGCCUUCGGGAGCCAAUGCGACACUACCCGGAAAGUCUGAACCGUCAAAGCAACAGCUGAGGAAGCAGGCCAAGUUUGAGGCGAAGAAAGCAGCCCAACAAGCCGCAGCAGCAGAGGAAUCAUCCGCCAGCGACGAUGAAGACGUUCCCGCAGUCGCAUCGAAAAAGUCAGAGCCCAAGUUCAAGGCUAGCAUACCGGCAAAAGCGCCUGCAAAGUCUGUGCUGAAGAAAACUGCACCCGUCGACCACGAAGCGCCCCUACCCAGCGACGCCGAAGAUGAUUCAGACGACUCUGAGCCCGAGGCCGACGAGUUUUCCAUUGCCGACUCCGAAUCAGAUGCCUCAGAUACAUCAACCGUAGCCGAGCGCAAAGUACGGAAACGCAACGACCCUGAAGCCUUCGCAAACUCCAUCUCCAGAAUCUUGGGCUCGAAACUUACAACAUCAAAACGUUCAGAACCUAUUCUCUCCCGUAGUAAAGACGCAGCAACUGCGAAUCGCGAACUCGCCGAUUCCAAGCUCACAGAAAAGGCGCGUCGACAAGUCGUAGCUGAGCGCAAAGCAGCAAAGGACAAGGGGCGUGUGAGGGAUGUGCUUGGGCUGCACGACCCAGACGUCAGCACUGCGGUUACUUCAGCAAAGGAGAAAGAGCUGAGACGGACAGCACAAAAGGGUGUCAUCAAGCUCUUCAAUGCCGUGAGAGCGGCCCAGGUCAAGGGCGAACAGGCAGAGCGAGAGAGCAAGGCGGGCCAGGUAGUUGGUAUGGACAAGAGGGAGGAAAAGGUCAAGGAAAUGAGCAAGCAGGGCUUCCUGGAUAUGAUUACCGGAGGACAAAAGAAGGAGGGUAGCGUGGAGGCAUGA